CUUGAGAAAGCAGGAGAGCAGAGGUAUAAGCCGAGAAUGCAGCUGGAGAGGGUUUUUUGGGAUUGAGAAAGGUUUUCCUAGCAGUGAGGGAGGAGAGGAUGAGCUGAGAGGGAGGGGAACAGAGGUUUCACCUGAGACAGGAGAGUUCUUUACCUGAAAGGGAGGGAGCACUGACACAUUCAGACAUUUCACAUCAGUGCACACCAUGUACCUUGCUCUGAUCUGCUGACCCUGACUUCACUAUCCAUGGAACAUCAUCCGCAUUAUGCCAAUUCUCCUUAUAUAGCCCCUCCUAACAAUCCACCUGGAAGCCAUGGAACCUUCUACCAGCCAUACAGCAUUCAACCAGGGCCCCAACCUACCCACUAUAUCAAUGACAGACCCCCAACACGCAAGUUUCCGUUUCUUUCCUUCUUUUCAAAUCGUGGGAUAAAUGCCACCGUUCUUAUCAUCGGGAUCAUUGUGGUUGCUGGACUCGCUCUGAUCACUGCAUAUAAACUGAAUGCAUUUAAUACUUCCCCAUCAAAUUCAAUUCCCAGAGAAAAAUGCCUGCCUAACGUGACUCUAUGCAAUGGAGUGGCCGAGUGUGAACGAGGAGGGGAUGAGAUGGGAUGCGCGAGAUUUCUAGGGAAAAAUUCCAUGCUCGAAGUCAUGUCCCUCAAAAAGGAGAACUUGUGGUUACCUGUGUGUUACAAUGAAUACAAUCCAGAUUUUCCUUCCUUUGUGUGCCAGCGCUUUGGAUUUGAAGAAACUCCUGUAAUAGGUCCAACAGGUCCAGUGAAUGGUGCUUCGACUACAGGCCUGUCUAGUACCAGGACAGAGAGCACCAUCCAGGGAAGCCUACAAAGUACAACCUGUUCCAGUGGCCAGUUCCUGUCCCUGAAAUGUUCAGACUGUGGCAAAAGAAUAACAAACAGGAUUAUUGGAGGGACAUCAGCAAAACUUGGGGAUUAUCCAUGGCAAGUCAGUCUGCAUCAAAGAGCUGGAAACAGAUUUGCCCAUGUCUGUGGCGGAACUAUAAUCAACGUCAAAUGGGUUGCCUCUGCCACCCAUUGUUUCCAACAAUCUGCAGAUCCUGCCAACUGGAGAGUGUAUGCAGGGAUAACUAACCAGAAUAAUCUAAAUGCAAUACAUACUGUCACAGUCAUUGUUAGAAAUGAAAACUACAAUGCAGAUGCCAACGAUUACGAUAUGGCUUUGAUGAAGAUGAAGCAACCAUUCCAAUUAACAGCUACUGUUCAGCCAGCCUGCUUACCAGUGAUUGAUCAAAAGUUCAACCAAAAUGACCUUUGCUAUAUUUCUGGAUUUGGCAAAACCAUAGCAAAUUCUGAUGUAGGCUCACAAUAUCUGAUGCAGGCACAAGUCCGGAUUAUUCCAACAUCAGUGUGCAACAGAGUAAAUGUGUACAAUGGAGCAAUCACUGACAGGAUGAUUUGUGCUGGUUAUCUAGAAGGAAAGGUUGACUCAUGUCAGGGGGACAGUGGAGGACCAUUAGUGUGUCAGCAAGAUGGUGUCUGGUACCUGGUAGGAGUUACAAGCUGGGGAAAUGGCUGUGGGCAGCCCAACAAUCCUGGGGUGUACAGCAACAUCCAUUUUUUCCUUCCAUGGAUAUACAAACAAAUGGAGUUGGAGCGAAAUUCAUGAACACAGAGAAAAGCCCUGAUGGAAGAAGGAAGACGGGAUGUUCAUAUUUAUAUAUGGGCAAUAUUCAUAUCAGAAACUCAUCAGUGAAGGGUGUCAAGAUAGGGUUAGGUAUCAAGGAAUUUUAAGGACAUGAUCACUGGUACUGUGUACUACUACAGUAUAAUGAUAAAAUAAAAUAAAAAAAUUAUUCUAGGGAACAACAAAAACAGCAAACGUACCAGUCUGCUCAUGGUAUUCCUUGAUAGUGGCAAUAUAUACAGAAUGUUAUAUACAUGAUCACGGUCAUCUAUGAGCAACGUGCUUGCUGAAUGCUCCAUUUAAAUAAUUGUACUGUUUUAUUAUUAUAUUAAUUGUAUUAUUUUAUUAUUAAAGAGAUGGAGCAAAUGAUAAUUAUUUGC